AUGGUCUGCACACUGCUUGUGAAGCUCUCGAGGGCCCUUCUGAUGAAGACUGCAUCAAUGUCCUUCUUCUGGAGCUUCUGGGCCAGCCCUGACGACAACCAUGGCAUCAUCGACGCUAACGACGUCGCCUCCAUGGACGACGUCUUCGGCGACUCGGCGUCCGGUUUUUCCCGUUCCCGGGUUUCAACCGCCACCGCCUUGCAACGCGAGAGACCGCGCCGGAUGGCCGAUCUCUUCCGGGAGAUCAUGCUUUCGCACCCCAAACUUCUUCCCGACGGCAGUGAUUACUCCACAGCAAUUUGCGGCGCCGGUGGUGAGAGCGUGAAACAGCAGCUGGGUCCACGUGGAAGUUCGCAUGAUAUUCGGCUCAACAUUCAAAGACCUAUUCUAGCAGACCAGACUAAUGUGGCGACAAGCGGUAGUUUUGUCAUAAACCCCCAAAUCGCGCAACAUGGGGCUGUAUGGUCUGAUUCCAAACACCAAGUGAUCGGGGCAGUGGAGGUGCAUGCGUCUGCGUCGCCUACAGAGACCGUCACAGUGCAACCGGAUGGGACCAUACAACACGCCCAUGGAGAUCCCCAGUGUGCGCCACUACCAGUGCUGACCGCCGAUGAUUUGGCUGGUCUUGACGACCUCUCGUCCUGGUCUUCAUCGCUGCUGGACCAUAUCGACUUCACUCCAGCUCAGUGGAUCGACUCUCCUGCUACAUCCGUAGGGGCUACCACCAGUGCAGAGCCUGUACAACACCACCAGCCUGCAGAUCCUGCAUCUGGAUCCCUACACGCCAUUCAAGACCCUAGCCACGACCCCCCGUGCAUCGUGAGUCCCAGCGCUCAUGAGGUAGCGGUGCCGCUGCUACCAGCCGGCCCCGCAAUUACUGUUGAUGAACACCUUGUGGGGGUGCGAUGUGUUAACUGGUGUAAAGAAUUUGCUGAUAAAUUAGCCUUGGUAACUGCGGCGGUGGAUGUAAACUCCUUAACCAUUGUUCGUCAGAGUAAACUGGGUGUGUUGGCUGGUAAACGUGGUGACCGUAGAUAUCAGGAUCUCGAAGAGCAGACGAAGCAGGCCUUCAUAGCUAUCAGGGCCGAGAUAGCACGUGAUCGUAUGACUGCUGAAUCCCCAAACACUGAGACCGGUAAUGGUCUUGCUAUCGAAGCCCUUCAGCGUAAGCAUUUGGAUGCCGAGGCAGCUGUGCGUGUCAACACGCAGGGCAUAGAGAGAAUUAACACGCAAGAGGGGUUAAGAGCUGCUAAAACCGCUAGAAAAUUCUGGUUAAUGGAAUCUGCUAGCGAAGCUAACGUCAAUGCUUAUCGGGCAAUGAGUACCGAGAUGUCUGUGAUGAAUGACACACUAGCAACUCUUACGAUGAAUGCUAUUAUUUGAUUUGUGUUUUUUAAUGUUUUUUUUCUUUUAUUUCGUGGAGAGGGUAUCUUUUGUUUUAAACUGCAUGUAAUAAAACUUUUUUUCUUUUAA